AUGCCAUUGGGUGACACGCAGCCAAGCAUGGCCACUUUUGGAGAAACGCAGGUCGACAUGUGCACUCUGGACACAUUGCCUAUGGAGAUGGAAGCCUCGACUGUGGACUCUUCACCCGAUGCUGCAGGUCCCAUGCUUGCCCAGCCCGUGGUUCCUCAGGAUGUUCAUGAACCUCAGCCUGUGCAGACAGGUCAAGUUGCCCAGGCCCAUGUUGUGCAGCAGAUCGCCCCGCCAGUGACUCCUGUGACACAACCGAGCCCGAUGCCUAGCCAACCCGUGCAGAGUUUGGUUGUCCCACAGCCUGCAGUUCCAGUGGUCCAACCAGUGCAGCCUUUGCCUGUCCCUGCAGUGCCCAUGGCGAAUCAGAUGGUUACCCAACCUGAGCAGCCUCCACAGCCAGCAGUGGUCCAACCUCUGCAGCCUUUGCCUGUCCCUGCAGUGCCCAUGGCGAAUCAAGAUGUGCCCAUGGCGAAUCAGAUGGUUCCUGAGCAGCCUCCACAGCCAGCAGUGGUCCAACCUCUGCAGCCUUUGCCUGUCCCUGCAGUGCCCAUGGCGAAUCAGAUGGUUAACCAACCUGAGCAGCCUCCACAGCCAGCAGUGGUCCAACCUCUGCAGCCUUUGCCUGUCCCUGCAGUGCCCAUGGCGAAUCAGAUGGUUGACCAACCUGAGCAGCCUCCACAGCCAGCAGUGGUCCAACCUAGGCAGCCUUUGCCUGUCCCUGCAGUGCCCAUGGCGAAGAUGGUUACCCAACCUGAGCAGCCUCCGCAGGCAGCAGUGGUCCAACCUGUGCAGCCUUUGCCUGCCCCUGCAGUGCCCAUGGCGAAUCAGAUGGUUACCCAACCCGAGCAGCCUCCACAGCCAGCAGUGGUCCAACCUCUGCAGCCUUUGCCUGUCCCGGCAGUGCCCAUGGCGAAUCAGAUGGUUAACCAACCUGAGCAGCCUCCACAGCCAGCAGUGGUCCAACCUGUGCAGCCUUUGCCUGUCCCUGCAGUGCCCAUGGCGAAUCAGAUGGUUAACCAACCUGAGCAGCCUCCACAGCCAGCAGCCCCCGUGCAGACUUUGGCAAAUGUAGCACCAGAACGUGCACAGCCUCGAGCACCUGCAGUGGCUGCUCAGCCAGCAGUCCCUCAGCAAAGCCAGCAGCAAAAGACACAGCAGCCAGAGGUGGCAGCGGCAGAAGCAAAAGAACGAGAGCAAGCUGACAAAGACUUGCAAGCUAUGGGUUGGCUGACUGGCAAGUCAUGUCGACCUCAGGCCAGCCCUCAUGGCACAUCAGCUGCGGAGCAUGUUGAUGGUUCAGCAGACAAUGCAAAUAUGUUGCGUCGGCAGAAGAGUCAAGUUUUUCAACUUCCGCCAGAUUUGCAUUCGCAGACAGGCCCCAAUCAGGCACUUCCUGCCCGCCCUCAGCCUGCAGCUGUUGUCAAGUUGGAGCCGGUUGUGCGCCAGCCUUUGCCAGUGCAAAGCUCCAAGCCACAGCCCAUGGAUGCAGAGUACAGCCGCCGAGCAGCUGCAAAUUUGCUUGCAAGGCUCAAGAAGAAUCCUUCCAGGUUGGAUGGCCUGCCAUCACUUCGCAAGAUGGUUUUUGAGGAAGAGAAGAAGAACGAUUUGAUUUCCAUGCUGUGUGAAAAUGGUGGCAACCUGGAGCAAGUUCAGGUGAACUUGCAGCAGCAGGAGGAAGUUGGUCGGGUUUUCUCAGCCAAGAAGAAAGAGUCCAUUGGGAUGAUUGAGGAAGAUGAGAACAACCCAGACGGCAUUGUGUACCUCAUUGCCCAGCGUGAGGAUGAGGAGGACAACUACAACAGAUCAGGUACUAUGAUGAGCACUGGCAGAGUUCAGGUGACCCCGGCCAAUGUCGCUGAGGUUGCAGAGGUCAUGAUGGGCCCACCAAAGACUACGGCCAAGAGGCCGGCCCCGUCGGACAGCAGCACUACGAGCCCAACAACACCAGCGUCAGCCCCUGGCACUCCGCGUGCGGAGGAACCUCCCAAGAAGCAACCCAGGAAAAAGACCCCGGAAGAGCAGCUUCCCCUGACGCCCUUGCAAAAGGCCAAAGACAUGUGCGGCAAAUGUUUGAAACGAAAGUCCGAUGCGAGCAAUCUUGGCUUGACUUUGCAGUCAAUUCCAUAUGCGGAUGCUUUGAGCUCAGAGAUGACUGCAUUCGCAAAGAAGUUUGAGGAUCUCUACCUGAAGACGCAGGCCCUUGUGAACGCCCAGAACAAUGAGGAGGAUGACUACAUCCCACAUGUGAAAGAGUUCAUUUGCCUCCAGAAGCAGUUUGAGAAGCCCUACGCGGCCGGUAAUGCCAUAGCGACUGUGGAUGAGAUUGACAGCGCUUUAGUUUGCAGAAUGGCUGAACGGGUUGCUGAGGGAAAACUUUCUGUGAGUGGUGCUGCUGCUUGUGCUAGCGAUUUUGUUCAAGAUGGGAGUGUGAAGGCUUUCUGCUUCUGGAAAGGUGACAUGGAAGCUCAUGCGUACGCCCACCUUCUUACCCAGACUCAACGGUAUUACAGAUGCGCGCAAUGCUGUGAUUUUUGCUUGGCAACCACGGACAGAAGAUCACCAGAACUCAGCUGGGGAGAUUUGACUCUGAGAUCGUUGUGGCGGAGUACUCUUACACCUUCAGAUCCACAUGACAGAUCCCCAUGGACACAAGUUCCGGGAUUUGAGAAGAAGCUACGCUUGUUUGACCUUCUGCACAUUGUGCAUUUGGGAACUUUGCGAGAUCUCAUUCCUGCGGCCAUAAUCAGUUCAUUGGAAGAUGGAUCACUUCAAAUGUUUUUUGGAAUGACUGGCAGAAGUUGGGAUGAUACCCUGCAUGCUUUCAGCCAUCUAGCAGCGGCAUGGGCUACAGAUCAAAACAUGCAGCUCGGCAUUGGAACCCUUACAAUGGCAAGACUUGGCCGGCCGAAGUACCGCCAUUGGCCCAUGCCUGCCCUGGACACCCGCAUUAAGGCUGCCCGGACAAGAGCACUUUUUGCAUUCACCGCUUGGGUUAUGGUAAAGCUGGUUGAUUCAUGUGCUUUGGAUACGGCUGCCAAAAAGCUGCAUGGCAAAAUGCGUGCAGUGUGUUGUUGGUCGCUGGACGUUGCCCUUAGUUCAUGGAAUAUGAACGAUGAAGUUGUCAUGCCAACGCCGACGGUGGAAGAAGUCACAUGGCUUUGCAGGCUACAUUCUGCAUCGUACCAGUGGCUUGCUGCUCAAUGUUUGACUGAACGUCGUCUCCUCUACAAAAUCCGCCCCAAAACCCACUACUUCUGCCACAUGAUUGAUGUCUUUGAGGAGACAGAGAUUUGUUUGAUGCAUUUAUCGACCUUUGGUGACGAAGAUUUUAUGGGAAAGGUGCGUUGUAUUUGCCAAGGAUGCCACGGCGGAACAUACAUGCUGACAUGGGCACGACGCUAUGUUUUGAAACGGGCGUUGCUAUGGAGAGCGAUUAAACUUGCGAAGCGUGAUGGCAGCUGA